UAACCUGUCAGCAACAGGUACCAGUCCACAUGCAUGGUCUUCUGAUCUGACACAAAAGUCACGGAAUGCAGAUGAUCGAUGUUCGUAGGCUAUACCAUGGAGCUAUAAAAAGGAUCGAGCUUUUGGAACUACAAACAUUAGUGUCGGUGAUGUAAACACUUGUGUUUUGUAGCCCUUGUAAAUCGACGCCAGUCCAACCUCCUGGAGGUUGUGUAGCCCUGUGAGGUCUGAUUGUCGUGACAAGGCUCGUGCGAAUCACCGAGGCGGACAGUGCGGUUGUUUUGUAAGAGAAAGUUGACACAGGUCUGGCCGUUGAGUUUGCGAGGGGCAUUCGUGCUGAACUGCUGGUCCGGUAAUUCGGGAACUUGGCCCAAUCUUUGCGGGUUGUGUAUCACGGGUUUUCCACCAUGGAUUCCAGUUUUGUACCUCUUCUGCUUGUGGCUGGUGUCUACCUCACGAUGGCCGUAGCUCAGAGGCAAUCAGGUUCGUGUGAGCCAAUCACUAUAAACACCUGCACAGGCUCAGGUGUCAUCCACCAAUACACCAGCGUACCAAUCACCUUACCCAAUGGCCCGGGACCAGACGCCGGCUUCACUACCUACCGAAACCAAAAGAAAGCGCUUCAAGGAAGGAGGCAGCUUGUCUCUCUACUCAAGGGCCGUAAGCACAAGGCGUGCCGAGAGUACAUGAAGCCUUUCGUUUGUGCUGCUUUCUUACCCGCAUGCAAUGAGAAUGGAGAUGCAGUUCCACCUUGCAUGGAGCUGUGUCUUGCGACCAAAGCAAAUUGUCAGGUCAGCAUGGAGGAUUUAGGAUUGGAGUGGCCAGACGAGUUGGACUGUGACGUGUUUCCUACCAGGAGCAAUGUUCCGCAUUGCAUUGCCGGUAACCUUGUAGACAGCAUGGGCCUGCCAAGCAAAGUGAUCCUACGCGAGGUGGUUGCUUCUUUCGAUUCAAUCUUUGUGUCUUGGGAAACUGAAGACCCUAGCACCAUGAUCCAAGGGUACAGGUUGGAAUAUGAAGAUGGCGUAUCAAUAAUGAAGAUGUUUGAUUUGGCAGCCACAGAGUCUGAGUUCACUAUCACUGGUUUAACUCCCAUCACCAAUUACGUGAUUAAAUUGCGAGCGUACAAUUUCGUGGGUGAAGGAGAGGCUGCUAUGGCAAGCGCACUGACCAAGCCAUCAAGUGAAGGGGGAUCAACAGAACAGGGGUCAGCAGAAGAGGGAGCUGUUCGUCUUGUUAGCGGUUAUGGUGUCCCGCAUUCUGGUCUUGUUCAGUACUACAAGGACGGCCAGUGGGGUUACCUCUGCGCCCCGCUGGUAUGGGACGAAGACAACGCUGAUGUCGUCUGUAGACAACUGGGCUUCGGUCCAGCGCUGUUCAUCGCUUCACUUGGACAGAUGUUUGGCUCUGGGGAUGGCGUUGGGUACGCCUCAGGGUCAAAGUGCACAGGUCAAGAAGCGACCCUGGCUGACUGUGCCAUUGAUCCCUGGGAUAUCAAGGCUGGAUGCAAUCACUAUUCAGACGUUGGAGUCAUCUGUGACACUGGAUCAAGAGAGACCGCUAUCCGCCUCAGCAAUGGAACAUCAAGCAAGGGCGUCCUUGAAGUGUUCUAUAAUAAUGAGUGGGGCACUGUAUGUGAGGAGGGAUGGGACGUCAAGGAUUCCGAGGUCGUCUGUCGUCAGCUGGGAUAUAACGGAGUCAAAUACAUGAGCUCCUUCGAGCUUUCGUUUGACUUCAGCUUUGACCGGUUCAUAUCGGUCAUGUUUAAAAAUGUUGACUGCGAAGGCACAGAGGAAUCACUGUUCGACUGCCCCAAGUCGGACUGGUACGUUGAUGAUUUCUCGUGCACGAGCCAUUAUAACGAUGUCAUCUUGGCAUGCAGUAAGGAAGACAUCGAUUUGAAGAUGAGGGAUCUAAAUGUCGUAGAAACCGUAAGUGGCACUGACGUCUACAUGAUUUGCUCGACUGAAGAUGUUUUGAUGUAUGUGGGUGAAGCAGAAACACCUGUGUGGACGUUACCAUCAGGCACCAAGCUUUCCGUCAGUGAUAGUGAAGGCAACGUAAGAGCUGCUCAACUUGGAGUUAGCAGCAGUCAGCUGGUAAUCACUGGUUUCACUGAUCAACAGAACGCUGGUAUAUAUCUCUGCACAGUGACUGGUUAUCAGAAGAACGUCACACUGACUGAGGCUACUCUGGCUGUGUCUGUGGAAUUCCCCUGUGCUGAAGGUGAAUUUAACUGCGGGGAACGAUGUGUACCACGACGAUUCCUUUGUGACCAAGACUGGGAUUGUUUGGACGGUCGUGAUGAAUCGGAGGAGAUUUGCUCACAACCCAUGCCAAUUGUGUGUUCACGGUUGGAGAUGUUGUGUGACAAUGACUCUAAAUGUGUCUCCAUGACUGCAUUGUGUGACAGAAUCCCAGAUUGCGACGACGGACGUGAUGAAAUGAACUGCGAAGGACCUGUUGUUCCAAGGGACAAUUGCCCCAUCGGUCAAAUCUCCUGUCCUACUAGUGACCAGUGUAUCUCUCUGGGUGCCAUUUGUGAUGGAAACGACGAUUGCAGUGAUGGAAUGGAUGAAAUGGACUGUGAAGAUGGUGGACCUAUUCCGGAAUCAGAGUGUCCUAUUGGUCAGAUCGCCUGUCCAUUCGAUGACAAGUGUAUUCUGAUAAGUGCCUUUUGUGAUGGAAACGAAGACUGCACGGACGGAAUCGAUGAAAUGAGCUGUGGAGGGGAAGGAGGACCAUUUCCACCAUCGUCAUGUCCUGAUGGCCUCAUCCCCUGCCCAACAAGUGAUCAGUGUAUCUCACCAUCUGCCAUGUGUGAUGGCUUUCCAGAUUGUAAUGACGGCAUCGAUGAGAUGGCUUGUGAUGAGGGUGGUGCUGGACCAUUUCCACCAUCGUCAUGUCCUGAUGGCCUCAUCCCCUGCCCAACAAGUGACCAGUGUAUCCCACCAUCUGCCAUGUGUGAUGGCUUUCCGGAUUGUAAUGACGGCAUCGAUGAGAUGGCUUGUGGUGAGGGUGGUGCCGUUCUUUCAGGUGUUAACAACUGUCCUGAUGGCAAGUUUCCAUGUCCUGGUGAAGUUAAGUGUAUCUCCAUAUCUGACGCCUGUAAUGGAGUCAAUGACUGCACGACAGGCGUGGAUGAAAUGAACUGUAACGCAACCUCUUGCAUGCCCAUCAGCGUUCCAGAAUGUGCAGUCGGCUUGGAUUACACGGAAACCAUGGCUACCUACGACAUCGGUCUCUCUCCCGAAGACGUGGCCAAUGUGUUUAGUUCUCUAUCGGUCAUAUUUGAGAGCGGCUGUGGAACCUUCUUCAGACCCUUCAUAUGCUCUACCUUUGUGCCUCAGUGUAGUAAUUUCCCACUCCCACCGUGCCGUGAAUUAUGUGAGGUAUCUGUCAGGAAGUGUCUGGAAACCUUCGAGGGACUGAUGACGGAGGAACAGGUGGAGGAACAGUUGAUACCACAGGGAGGUUUGGGUGGCGGUGCUGGUUGUGAUGCGCUGCCUAGUCAAGACGAUGGACAGUGCUACAAUGUGAAAGAGGUCUCCGUUGGUGAAGUGGCGGGCUUGGGCUCAGAGGAAGGCGUCGGCGUUUCCGUUGACUGUACUUACAACCUGUUGCCUGGUAUUCAGCCAAAAUGGACCACUCCCGACGGAUCCAAAGUCAAGACAGGAGACAAAAGAAGGGUCCGCGCCAUCCACGUAUCGGACACAGUGACUCGUUUGCAGAUUGACAACCUCCAACCCAGAUACAAAGGUGUGUACACCUGCUCCGGCCUGGAAUACUCGGUGACUGUUGAGCUGUAAGAUGGCAAGCACAAACACCUGUGCCACAUUACUAAUUGAUUGGAUUUGGUAGACCAUGUCACCUGUUUCAAAAACCGAAUGUUGUGGACACACGAUGUCAACUUUCAGCAAACAAUACCACUCUGCACAGCAUGUAGGUCUCUUAAAACAUGAGUGGAAUUAAAAGACUCACUAUUUACUGUUUGAUGUGGGGGCAUUUUAUAGUUCACAUCACUUAUGCAGUGUAAUCGUAAAUAGAUAUUGUUAUAUUUUGCAUGCAAAACUGUCAUUUUUAUACAAUGUAUAUACUUGUAUUAAUUGACCACCAAGGUAUGAGUAAAUUAGGCAGAUGAGGGACUGCGGGUUUUCAUAAAUAAAAAUUCAACAAAUAGUUCUGAAACAAUUAUAAAUAUAGUGUCGGAGCAUGUUUAAAGUUCAGAAAUUUAUCAGAACUUGACACUGAACAAAAUCUGUCUUUGUUACCGUGCACACACAAACACCCAUCUGAUGACUGUCAUGUCAUUGCCAAAAUGAAACAUAGGUUCUCUUCCCCGAUGUUGAGCACUGCCGUUCUAAACUCACUAGGGACAGUUAGAAAUGAUCGCAUACAGGAUGCGUAUGCAGCUAGUGGUUUAACAAGUGAUUUUUCAGAGCCGCAUAUUUAUCCUGUACACGGUCCAUUUCUUAUGGUUCCUACCAUGUUUGUGUCUGGAGGGGCAGGUCAUCUAGGGACAGUUUGAAUACUAUUGAUGUCGCAAAAACUCAUGUUUGCCAAUGACAAUUGAUCCUAUUGUUUUAAAUAUCCGACUAUUUGCUUCUAUUUUGCUCAGUAAUUGAGAAAGUGAGUAGGGACCCAAAAAGUGUGUUUUUGUGUAUUUGUGACCAACACUGUAGCUUUUGAACCUGUACAUGUUAAUUACAUUGUAAUCUUUGAGUGUUUAUGAUUGCUGUAUUAUAGUGCACAGUUUUAGAAGUGAUGUUUGUAAGUAAAGUUUAUUAGCUUUUUUCAAAAAUUACUGUUUUACUUCGGUACCUGAAUGUAGAGCAUAAUUACACACUGUGAGAAAAUAACAUUUUAAUAUUCGAGUGUCUAUAUUAUGACAAUGCAUAAUGUGUCAUCCGACCUUGAAGUUUGCCACAAAUAAAAUUGAUUUAGAGCUUAAAUAUGUACAAGUAUAAUACAAUAAAUACAAUCAGUUUGGAGUCCAAAAAUAAGUUCAUUCUUUUAUGUCAACCUCCUCCUGCAUGCUAGAAUGACUGACACUGUUACUUUUUCGAUAUUUUGUAUGGUACUUAUAUUUUACGAAAGAAAUAAAACGUUUAUAUGCAAGACAAAAAC